AUGUGUUUACCAAGACGAAAAGAAGAUUUGUCAACAGAUGAUGAAAAAUUUGAGCUAAAGGAUGAUGCUAGCAAUUGCUGCAAUAACUUGUCCUCAGAAGAGACAUUGUCAUAUGCGAAGAUCCCCUGUAAAUAUGAGUUCGGUAUUGAUGAAACGAAGUAA